UCACCCCCGGAGGAUGCUCAGCCCAACUUGGCUCCUUCUCCGCGCGCGGAGGAAAGUCCUGGAGGAGGCCGAGCCGCUGCUCGCCCCGGGGCUGCUCCCGCUCCCGCGGCUGCCGGGGCUCCCAACUCCCCGCGGCUGCUGCCGGCACACAGAGCUCGGGCCGGAGCCGGCCCAGCGGCGAUCGCAGCAGCCCCGCGCGCUCCGGAGCCUCCCGCCCCCUCCUCGCCGUAGCCUUCUUCCCUCCCUCCCGACGGAGAUGGAGCGAGGUGAGGGUCUGGGGCUCGCUCGCUCGCUCGCAAAGCUCUUUUUUUUGGGCAAAGGCGGGGUCUCUCCGUGCAAACCAAUGACACAACCCCACAUGGACCAGCCUCGCCCCCUGCGGAGCCGCGUCCCUACAAAUGGGCUCGCGCUCUGCCCUCCCGGGGGAUGCGGGCGGGCGGCGGUGGCCGGCGGGCCCGGGCCGGGGGCGGGAGCAGGGAGGGAGGGGCACGGCCCCAUCCCCAUCUCCUCUCCUCUCUUCCCCUCCCUGCAGUCCCCAGCCCCGUCUCCUCCCCGGCUCAUCCUUGGCCCCAUCUCCUCCUUACCCCCUUCCCCUUCCCUCGCCCCCCGAGCUCCGGGAAGCCUCCAUCCCCGAGGCCCGUGGGCACCGAGAAGCCAGGGCCGCGAGCUCUCCCAGGCCCGGAAUCCGGGGCCCCUUUCUCCACCCACGAACGGGAGCUGGACCGGCCCCCCUCCCCCCGCCCUCAGCGCACUCGCGUACACACACCCUCACGCUGGAUCUCUGCUCUGCUCUGGGGACCCGCCCGACCACGUGGAGUUGGGGGCGCCCCCUCUUCGGCCCACGUGGAUUCGCGUCUCUCGGGUGCCCCAACCCGACUACGGGGAGUCUUCCUCCCACCCAACUUUACUGAUCCCCUCCCCGCAGCCCGAAGCUUGUCUGGGAAGCCGUGAGGGCCCCAGCUUCAGAGCACCCCGACAUCCUCUCCACCUGUGCCGAGGCGUCACCCCGGGGCCCUGGCCCACUUCGACAUUUCCGGGAUAGAGGGCCGCCAGUCCGGACCUCGGGGGGCAGAGCCGAGCCAGAGGCCGGAGCCGCUGCCGUCAGCGGCCGGGCACCCCCAAAUCGCUCAGCUUUUCUGACGCCUCCUUCCCCCCCAGGAAACACUUGUUGUUUGAACAGAUUAAGCCCCCCUCCCGAUCCAAAGUCAGAUCUGAAGGGGAUCUUCUUGAGAAAGACCUCUUCGAAGCUCUCUACAUUUGGGGGGGCGCCCCACGCCUGCUUGCACUCAGCUAGCUUUGAUUUCUUCCUCCAUUCCUUUCAGCGCUGCAUCUUCCCUUGCCCCCUCUCCCUCUCGUUCAGGCCUUGUCUCCUUGCUAGGAGAGCUGGUGGGUGCCGUGUCUGGGGGGGCUGGAGGGGGAGAUGGCAGCCUAGUUCUUUGGAAAAGGGUGGGAGGGAGAGGUUUGAGGGCUGAGGGCACGGGAAAGCAGACUAUUUUCCCCAGCCCUUCUUUCUGUUUCAGGCAGAGUGUCCCAACCCCAAGAUCCCCUCAGAAAUUCUGCCCGGCUUGGGAGCACUUUCUCCCAGCCGCUUGGUGGCCCAGUUCUCAACUCCCCAAGGUGGCAUCUGCGCCCCACGAGGCCCCAAUCCCCGGAAUCUGCAGGUCACCCUUAGCCUCCAUGAGCUGGGAGUGCAAAAGCAGAAUCCAAAUGAAGCCUCCAAAGUAGAUGGAUGAGGCAGAAGCCAGAGAGGACAGUCAGUGUGGAAGAGAAUAAUCCGGAGCUCCAGGGCCACCAGGGCCACCAGGGCCACAUCAGGAAACUGAGGCAAACGGGGUUAAGUGAGUGCCGGCGUCACCCAGAUUUGGAUUUUAGAAAGCCGGGUCUCCCCCUGCCUCCGUGCCCGCUCCAUUGUGCCAACUCCUGAGGUGCCAGGCCCCAUGCUAGGUACUGUGAAUACCAAGAAAAGCAGCCCCUGCCCUCAAGGAGCUUACAGGCUAACGAAGCCGGACAAGGAGCCUGGGAAGGCAGUGGAAAAGCUCACCCAUCCUGCAGCUUCCAGAAGGAGCUGGAGGAAGUCCUGCUGGGGAAGAGGAAAUGAUCUGAGGAGGGGUGAGUUUCCGAGGUGACGUCAUCUUGCAGGAGGAUGAGUUUCUGGAGAUCCUUUCUCCCAGCUGCUUGGUGGCUCAGUCCGCCAACUCCCCAAGGUGGCAUCUGCGCCCCGUGGCACGGGGCCCCGAAUGAGGGGAGGGCCCUGAGAGGAGCUCUCCAGCGUUCCCCCAUCAGGGGAAAAGAAGAGGCUCUUCUGGACUCUGGCCCUGCCCUGGGGGACUGAAGGAAGCCUGGGAAUCUGCAGAGCCAAUGAAGAAGGACCCGCUCUGACCUGAGCCGGACAUUGCCCUUAAUUCUGGGAGUUCAGUUAGGAGCCCCCUCUCUCCUCCCAGCUCCUAUAAACACAUAAGAUGGGUCCCGGGUAAAUCGGAGGUAAUCCACGGGGGAAGGCAUGGAGAGGAAGGAAGGCUCCUUGUAAAAGGUGGGACUUCAGCAGGGAGUUAAAAGGAAGCUAGGAGUCUGGAGGACCUGGGUUCAAAUUCAACUCUGCCAUUGACUGUCAAAAACUCCCCAGUUCUAAAUCUGUGUUUUAAUGAUGAUCCUAACCUAAGGUCCAGCAUCAUCUACGGCCCCUGCAAAUGGUAGGCACUGAGUAAAUGUUUGCUGCUA